AUGGACAGCAGCGAAAGGACUCAGGAGACAGUGCAGGCAAACGUAGAACAUGUGAAAAAUCUUGGAAUCGAGCAUGAUGUGAUAUUGGCACACUAUCGCGGUUCCCGAAGGGACUGGGACCAAAAAUGGUACAGAGAGCACGUUACCAAGUCCCUGUCUGGCAUGGGCUUCAAGUUCCACUUCCUUCAGAAAGCCUACAAGGUUGGCCUCGGGUUUGGUUUCUUGUCUUUGCAGAACAUCACAGGAGAUUGGGAGAAGCGCUACGAAUUUGUUUGGGCUUUGGAUAGUGACAUCGAUUUGUCAAAGGCAGGGCAUUACACCGUUGCGCCGUUGCGAGCGCAGGUUGAGAAGGGAGGCAUGUCGCUGGUGCAGGACUGGGUUGACUGGGGCUCUGCUCUUCAGCCUUCCGGCAAGGCCACAGUCCCAAGAGACACAAUUCUCAUCACGGACAUCAGCUCACUGGCCAUGAACCCACACUGUAUUCAUGACAAGUCUGACUGGGGGCUUGACAUGAUGCUGGACCCUCAGCUGUCGAACCGAACGCCGAACCGGACGCCGUUCGAUGCCGAACCGGACGCCGUUCGACGUUUGACUUUCUGCGCGAGGCCAAAUAUGGUAACUACUGGUCGCAGCAUCGAGUACUUGAUUGCAAACACCAGGAAGCAGGAGACAGUGCAAGACACAUCUACGAAGAGGAAGAGUACGAAGAGAGUUAAGAAGAAAACACAUCGACUUUCUGCUCCAGAGACGGUAAAGAAAGUUGGGUCUGCAGAUGCUUCGAGACGUGAGAAUCCAAAUGAAAGGGAUUCGCAGGAAGAGGAACAAGAGGAAGAUGGGGAAGACAUUCCAAAGGAGUUAAAUGAUGAAGGAGAAGUCGUUGAUGGCGGAGAGGAGAAUGUCGACCAAGACAGAGAGGAAGGACAGAUGCUUGCUGCGCGCAAGCCCCGCGAAAGGAAAGCUGCCCAGGAACAAGCGGAGACUGAAGAGGAAGAGGACAGUAGCAUGAACAAGCCACAGAAGGCAGCCAAUAAAAAGACAUCAGAACAGCAACAAACAGUGUCAAACGCCUCAUCAGAAGCAACACAGAAGACUCAGCCUGCGAAAGAAGCCAAGACUACAGUGACUGAUGAGGAUGAAGAAGAAGCAGAAGAAGUAGAUCAGGAGGAGUCGUCAGAGUCCUCAGAGUCGUCAGACUCGAGGGUCAGAAGCAAUGUCACUAGCGCAAGCUCCGCAAACACUUCCAACAAACAAGCAGUGUCAAACUCCUCAUCAGAAGCAACACAGAAGGUGACUGAUGAGGAUGAAGAAGAAGCAGAAGAAGUAGAUCAGGAGGAGUCGUCAGAGUCCUCAGAGUCGUCAGACUCGAGGGUCAGAAGCAAUGUCACUAGCGCAAGCUCCGCAAACACUUCCAACAAACAAGCAGUGUCAAACUCCUCAUCAGAAGCAACACAGAAGGUGACUGAUGAGGAUGAAGAAGAAGCAGAAGAAGUAGAUCAGGAGGAGUCGUCAGAGUCCUCAGAGUCGUCAGACUCGAGGGUCAGAAGCAAUGUCACUAGCGCAAGCUCCGCAAACACUUCCAACAAACAAGCAGUGUCAAACUCCUCAUCAGAAGCAACACCGAAGGUGACUGAUGAGGAUGAAGAAGAAGCAGAAGAAGUAGAUCAGGAGGAGUCGUCAGAGUCCUCAGAGUCGUCAGACUCGAGGGUCAGAAGCAAUGUCACUAGCGCAAGCUCCGCAAACACUUCCAACAAACAAGCAGUGUCAAACUCCUCAUCAGAAGCAACACAGAAGGUGACUGAUGAGGAUGAAGAAGAAGCAGAAGAAGUAGAUCAGGAGGAGUCGUCAGAGUCCUCAGAGUCGUCAGACUCGAGGGUCAGAAGCAAUGUCACUAGCGCAAGCUCCGCAAACACUUCCAACAAACAAGCAGUGUCAAACUCCUCAUCAGAAGCAACACAGAAGGUGACUGAUGAGGAUGAAGAAGAAGCAGAAGAAGUAGAUCAGGAGGAGUCGUCAGAGUCCUCAGAGUCGUCAGACUCAAAGAUCAGAAGCAACGUGACGAAUUCCCAGGGUUCGAAAAGCUCAGAGGAUGAGUCAAAACAGGACGAGUCUGAGCCCACGUCGUCUGAAGGAAUCUUCAAAGUGAAGGCCAAGGCGCCCAGUGAAUCCCAUCAUUCGAACGAUGCCAUUUUCGACGAUGGUGCACCACAGAAAACUCCAGGUCUUCCAACUCACCUUGAUGGCAAACUGGCGGUGUUGGGAACCCUUGCCGGGCCAAAGGAGCCAGCUAUACAGCUCAGCUCCACCGUUGACGCGAAAGGACAUGUUGAGCACUUCGAGGCCCGUGAGGCGGAACACGCUCCGUCGCACACGGCGAAUCUGGAAGUGUCGUUCAAGGAGGCGGAGCUUCGACUUCGAGAUGAUAUCAAGCAGUUGAGGGAGCUGGACUUGAAACUGUCGACGGAGCGAAAAUCUGAAGGUGUGCAGGCAGACAUGGCAACGAAAAGCUUGGAACGGAACCACCACAAGAAGCGACGUGCAAAGACCCACAAGCACUCGGCAAUUCAAAAGGCCGUGUCGCUGAUUGAUAUGGAAGACAAGGAAAAGCUCGAGCCAGAUCAGACCCAGGACUCGCCCAGUCUACAGAUCCGAGCCCUGGCGGCUGGGGCACGACAAGUGGCGAUGGAGGUGGCUGAGGAAGUUCAAAACACUGUGGGGACUAUGUCCUCAGAGCAGCUCCAAAGCACGAGGACUGCAGCUCUCCAGUCGGUCCAGGCAGCCAUCACAGAACAGGUCGAAACGCAGGAACUGCACAAGGACAAGCCCAACGCAAACAGACAUGAGGUGUCCUUGGCACGCAAGAUCAGGGAGCUGGAGGCCCAAGUUGCUUGGGACCAGAAGCAGAUGGAACACGAGAUGGAGGAAGAGCUGGGUCUGAAGAACCAGUUGAAGCACAUUGAGGGAGAGCUACGGGCUAGAAAAAUUGCAUCGAACAUGGCAGUCAAGGACCCUCAUGCGAAGACAACCCACGCCCAAAGAACAGAGGAAGCUGGCAAAGUCCACAAAAAGAAGAGCCAGCAUCGGAAGUCUCACGGAGUAAAACUGGCAAAUCAUCGAAAGCAGAGCUAGCUCCAAAGGUAGAAGCAUAAACUCUUGGUGUCGAAGGUUGAU